AUGGAGGUGCUUGGUUUAACGGCUCGGACGGAUCCCCACGAAUCCUCCCAACCCGCCCAGUCCGCCGCCCAGUCCGCCACUUCCGCAUUCCGUGUUUUCACCUCCGCUAUAAUAUCGGCCACUGCGGAGGCAUUCCGCGGCUCUCUUCCCUUCUUCAGCAUGGGCAUGGGCAUGGAUUGGAUCUCCAUUUAA